AACUGCAUAGCAUUAAAGAGAUGCUUGCUGACAUUCUUUGUGCUAAAAUAUAUUCUUCUGCAUCAAAAAAUGAUCAGAUUUAUUUUUUGAUCGGUGAGAUUAUUGAUGUGCUGAAACAUCAGAAGUGGUGGUACUACUGCUGUUUGUGUAAUGCACCUGUUUGUCAUGUUGGGAAUGUAUUUUAUUAUUAUCUGUGUAGAAUUGAGUGUGUUGAUGCCAUAAGAAGGUAUCUAUUUUAUCUCUCGGAGUUGUUGGUACCAGUUUUCUUUUUGCUUUAUUGCAUCUUCUGCACAUGUUUCUCAAUGUAUAUUUUUCUUUUGUUUACAUUAUUUAGGUAUCGCAUCAAAAUUAUUGUUUCCCAUUCAAAUAGCAGCAAUAUUUUCAUACUUGAGGAUGAUGAGGUGAUGCAAAUACUCAAAAAGAGUUGUUCAGACUUUUUGAUAGACGAAAGAAAUUUCUCCCAAUCAAAGGAUGAUUACACUGUUCCGAAUAGCAUGAUUUCUCAGUUGAUGAAUGACGAACUGAUUUCUGCCGAUUAUCAUGGAUUUGUUUGA